AUGCUUUCGGUGGACUCCAAUAGUUUUGGGCAGUUUUCUCCUUUGAACUUUGUUGGUAGGGAGGGAGAUCCUUGGUCGGAGAAGGUGGAGGACGUUUUCACAGAGUUAUUAAGCAUAAGUGAUAAAGAGAAGUGUGAUUCCCAAACGGGUAUGAUAGAGUCAGUAGCUGUGUAUGCCAACGGUAUUGGGGAGCACAACUGCAGUCCACUAGAGUGUGCGUCGUUGUCUUGUUGGGUCCCUAGGGUAGCUAAAGAUUUGGUGUUGAGCAUGGUGGAUGAGGUAAGUGAGUUUGAUGCAUCUAAGGUGGAACACUCGAAGUGGGUGUCUACAAUGUUGAAGAGCUUCUGCAAGAUGGUGGGUUUUCCUAUUGUUAAACAUGAAGCUCAUUGUGUGGCUUUAUUUCGUUUAUUAGAACAGGAGUGUAUUGAGGUUGCCAAUGGUGGUUGUAUUAGGCCACCUGUUAAAGCUGGUCAGAGAGGUUUAAGGGAAUUGAGGGGUCUGUUUUCUUCAGUAAAUUAUGAUGGGACUGAAACUAAGCUUGCUUCUUCAAAUUCUGCUCUUGUGCGAAGCCUGUGGGGUAGUCCCUUUGUUGAUUGGGCGGUACUGGAUGCGGUUCAAACAUCUGGGAGGGUUUGGCUGAUUUGGGAUAGACGGGUGGUCGAGAAAAUUGAUGUAUCUGUUGUGGAUCUUCCAUUGGACGGGGCAUCUUUCACCUGGUUUAGAGAUGCUGAGCCGCAGGCUAUGUCCCGUAUUGACAGGACUCUUGCUUGUGUGGAUUGGGUGGAUCAUUUUAGGAAUGUGUCUCAAAGGGUGCUCCCUCGUGUUAUUUCCGAUCAUUGUCCGCUCUCGGUGGAAGCUGGUGGAGUGGAUAGGGGUCGCUGUGCUUUUAAGUUUGAGAAUAUGUGGCUUAGAUCUGAGGGUUUUCUCGAGAGAGUUAAACUUUGGUGGGAGGGGUAUAGCUUUUUGGGCUCCCCUAGUUUUGUUCUAGCUCAGAAAUUAAAGGCUCUGAAAGAAGACCUUAAGAAGUGGAAUAAGGAGGAAUUUGGAGAUUUGGCUUUUAGGAAGAAGUGUUUGCUGGCUGAAUUAUUGGGUCUAGAUGCUAAGGAAGAAAUGCGGGGCCUCUCUAAUGAGGAAGAGUCCCGUCGAACUCAGGUUAAAGGUGAUAUUGCAGCCUUAGCUGCUUUAGAAGAGACUUUUUGGAGACAAAAGUCUCGUGCUUUGUAUGUGAAGGAGGGAGAUAAUAACACUCGAUUUUUUCAUAGACUAGCGAACUCUCAUAGAAGAGCAAAUCACAUUAGAAGCAUUGUGGUUGAUGGGGUCUUAUAUGAGGAUAGUUCUACUGUAAAAGCUCAGGAUGAAAGGUUGGCCUUGGAGAGGGAGUUCUCUAAAGAAGAGGUGAUCCAGGUUUUGAUGGAGAUGGAGGGGGAUAAAGCUCCUGGACCAGAUGGUUUCACCAUGGCUUUUUUUGAAAAAUGCUGGAGAGUGGUGGAGGAGGGUGUUAUGGCUGUUUUUGAUCACUUUCAUAGUUUGGUAGGGAGUGUGUACAAGCUGUUGUCUAAGGUGUUGGCAAAUAGAUUGAGGGUUGUGCUAGAUAGUCUCAUCUCCAAGUCCCAAAAUGCUUUUGUUGGUGGGAGACAAAUUUUGGAUUCAGUGCUUAUUGCUAAUGAGUGCCUAAACAGCAAAUUGAAGAGCCAUGUGCCCAGGGUGGUUUGCAAAUUGGACAUUGAGAAAGCCUAUGACCAUGUGAAUUGGGACGCAUUGUUUUACUUAUUGGCUAGGAUGGGUUUUGGGGUGAGAUGGAGGGGGUGGAUUAAGGCUUGCAUAACUACUGUUCGUUUCUCUAUUAUUGUGAAUGGAUCCCCGGUAGGCUUUUUUGGAAGCUCUCGUGGGUUGAGACAAGUUAAUGCGGGGAAGGGUGAGAUUGUUCCUGUUGGGGAGGUUGAAAAUAUAAAUGUGUUGGCUGCCAUUCUUCGUUGUAGGGUGGGUAGUCUGCCUUUGAAGUACUUGGGUAUGCCGUUGGGCACCCCUUACAAAAUAGCAUCUAUGUGGAAUCCUAUUUUGGAGAGGAUGGAGAAGAAACUCUCGGGUUGGAAGCGUGUUUAUUUAUCUAAGGGGGGUAGACUUACCCUGGUGAAGAGUACUCUUUCUAGCCUUCCUACGUACUGUCUAUCCUUAUUUGUCAUUCCUGUAGCUGUGGCUGAUAGAUUGGAGCAUAUUCAGAGGAAGUUUUUAUGGGGAUUUUCAGAGGAGUGUUUCAAAUAUCCUUUGGUGGCUUGGGAGAAGGUGUGUUUACCGAUAGCUUUGGGUGGUCUGGGGAUCAGGAAGUUAGUGCACUUUAAUAAAGCAUUGUUAGGGAAAUGGUUAUGGAGGUUUGGGCGAGAAGGCACUCAUCUUUGGAGGAGGGUUAUUGCUUCUAAAUACGGUGAGGGUCAAGGGGGGUGGAGUUCUAAAAGUUGUAGAAGGGCUCACGGUUGUGGUCCAUGGCAUGGUAUUCAUGAUGGUUGGGAGAGCUUCUCCAACCAUGUGUCCUUAGUGGUGGGGGAUAACACGCUUAAUAGGCUUUAUCCUCAGUUGUAUGUGUGUUCUAACGACAAGGAAGCUUACAUUUCUGAUGUUCUAUGCUACCAAGAGGGUGGUAACGAUAGAAUCUGGAAUUUGAGAUUUCAUAGGAACUUUCAUGAAAGGGAAUUAGGGGCUGCCUUAUCUUUCCUUGAGUUCAUUCAAUCUCAGAUCCCUAGGGGUGGUGGGAAUGACACCUCUCAUUGGUGUCUCAAAGGGAAUGGCAUGUUUGAUACCCGGUCCUAUUACAAUAUCAUUAGGGGUGCAGCUGAUUCCAAUUUCCCGUGGAAGGGUGUUUGGAAAGCUAAGAUCCCUAGGAGGGUGGCUUUUUUUGUGUGGACAGCGGUUCAUGGGCAGAUCCUUACUUUGGAUAAUCUUAAGCUUAAGGGGCGCAUUUUGGUGAAUAGGUGUUAUCUUUGGGAUACAUUGGGUCAUGCCAGGCUCUGUGGAAAGCUUGGUGUAUUGUUGGAGUUUUUGGCUAGGAAAAUUUAA